CAAGUUCAAAAGCAAUUCGUUCAGUCUAAAAAUAAAUCAUCCAUUGUAUUCUCUCUCUUCUACUACUUUUAAAUAACCAAACUUCUCCCUCUCUCGCUUUCCCAAACUAGUAUAGUAGGGCAUCAACACAUACAUGGUGGUGAACUCAACUCAAUAACCAAACUUCCGAAGAGUGAUGAUGAAGACCUUAGCAGGAGGAGGAUUAUCAUUAGGAAGAAUGUCAAUGUUCUCUGCAUCCUCAUUGUUUUCAACCUACGCCUCAUUAACAGCAUUAGUGACAUUAAUCCAGCAAUUCUACCAUCAAUUUAUACCAAAACAAGUACGCCAUUAUAUUAGCCUAAAACUAGAAGAGUGGUUCACCAGAUCAAGCUCUUCCAACACUUUAUUCACUUUAGUAAUUGAGCAAUUUGAAGAUGGAGAUUAUGACUCAUUCAACCAAGUUUAUAACGCUUGUGAAGCAUAUCUCACUAGCAAGCUAAGAUCAACUUCAACUCGGCUCAAGGUUAGUAGACCGAGCAAGAAGGAUCAUGUAUCCUUCAAGUUAGCACAGGGGGAGAAGUAUUUUGAAGUGUUCGAGGAGAUUCAACUCCAAUGGAGUUUUAUUUGCAACAAUAAUGACACUAACUAUGAUACACAUCACGAUGAUGAUAGUAGUAGGUCAUACAAAGCGCGUCUAGGGAACAAGCACUACUUUGAGCUUUCAUUUGAUCCAGAACAAAAGGAUAAAGUGUUUGAUUCAUACUUACCUUAUAUACUUAGAUUUUAUGAUGAUAUGGUGGAGAGGAAAAAAGAGUUGAAACUAUACACUCUUGAUUGUGGAGGUGGAAAACCGGGUUGUUGGAGAUCAGUCAAGUUCAAACACCCUUUCACAUUUGAUGCACUUGCUAUGGAACCAGAGGUGAAAAAGAUGGUGAUUGAUGAUUUAGACAGGUUUCUAGGAAGGAGAGAGUUUUAUAGAAAGGUUGGGAGAGCUUGGAAAAGAGGAUAUUUGUUAUAUGGUCCUCCAGGAACAGGGAAAUCUAGCUUAAUAGCAGCUAUGGCUAAUCACCUCAAAUUUGAUAUAUAUGAUCUUCAGCUCUCGUCUGUGCAUAAUGACUCGGUUUUGAGAAGAUUGUUGCUUUCAACAUCUAACAAAUCGAUACUUGUCAUCGAGGACAUUGAUUGCAGCUUGGGGCUUGCAGAUCGCCAAUUGCAGCAUGCUGGUGAAGCCAAGGACAAAUACAUGAAUGACAAUGUUGACAUGGAUUCACAAUCACAGAUAUCAUUGUCAGGAUUGCUAAACUUCAUUGAUGGUCUAUGGUCUAGUUGUGGGGAUGAACGAAUAUUUGUUUUCACAACAAACCAUAAGGAGAAACUUGAUCCUGCGUUAUUGAGGCCAGGACGGAUGGACAUGCACAUUCACAUGUCUUACUUAACCAUGCCGGCUUUUAGAGUCCUCGCGCUCAAUUACCUCAAUGUUUCCGGGGAUCAUAACCUUUUUAAGGAGAUUGAACAACUCAUUCAGGCUACAAAAGUUAGCCCAGCUCAAGUUGCAGAGGAGCUCAUAAGAAGUGAUGAUGCUGAUAUUGCCCUUUCUAGUCUUGUUAAAAUGCUUAAACAACAUAAACUAGAGCAAAUUGAGAAGAAGAAAAUCAAUUUUCCAAAGUGGGUAAACGGAGAUUUAACCAAUGGUACUAUACAUGAUUUAUCAGAUGAAAUUUCCAGUGACGAUGCUUAGAAUAAGUUCUAGUACUUUCUAACAAGAAAAUGUUAGCAGUAGAAAGGACUUUGAUUUAUCCUGCCUUAUUUGCGUCAGGUUCUCAUCAUUGUUGGUUAGUUCAUCCAAGAAAUAAAGGAAAUUUCUGUUA